UUCUUUUUUUCCUUCGGCGGAGGCCAUGACGGGAGCUGCGAGUCGAGCUGCGGCGCCGCGGAGCCGCAAAACAACAUGAUUCCCCGGGACGAGGCUGUCAAACCCGCCUGGGAGCACUUCUGAUCCCCCCCAAGUCCGCACGCACUCGAGGUGGAGCCUGUCACUUUUUUCCUCAGAUGUGUUCACGGCAAUCCGUCGAUGACAAUGCUGAAUCGGUAGGAGAUUGUGGCUCGAAAAAGGAGGUAGAAUUAGCUAUUGUUGCUAGCUAGCCUAGCUGGCGGAGCUGGCCGCAUCUUCACUGACUUGUUACGGCUUUUGAGAGCCGGGGAUUCUCCAAACCCCCCCUGGCACCGCCGGCACACUUCCACUGGAACGGAUUUGGCUUAAUUUUAAAGUUUUAUCUUUUUUUUUUUUUUUCCUUUUUUUUUCUCCUUUUUUUUUUAAAUCGAGGACAACUGCAUGCAUUUUACACGGGGCUGCUUUGCAAGACGAAUUGCAGGAUUUGGGAAGUCGGGCCUGCGCGGAGGAGCGGAGAGGCCCGUCUUUCUGCUCCAGAGGAAGCCUGUCUAAUCCCAGCAGCUAGCUGCAGCUAGCCCUGCCUGCCCAGCUCCAACACCCUCACCUGAGAGCCUCACCUGAGCCUCACCUGAGACCCACUCCACCACAGACUCCUGUCACCUGCCGCCAUGGCCGCGAUCAUUAAAGAGAUGGUCAGCAGGAACAAAAGGAGGUACCAGGAGGAUGGUUUCGACCUGGACUUGACGUAUAUAUACCCAAACAUCAUUGCGAUGGGCUUUCCAGCAGAGAGACUUGAAGGCGUGUACAGAAACAAUAUAGACGAUGUAGUACGGUUUUUGGAUUCAAAGCAUAAAAACCAUUAUAAAAUCUACAACCUCUGCGCAGAAAGACACUACGAUGCUGCCAAAUUUAACUGCAGAGUUGCACAGUACCCCUUUGAAGACCACAACCCUCCUCAGCUGGAGCUAAUUAAGCCGUUUUGUGAAGACCUGGACCAGUGGCUCAGCGAGGACGACAAUCACGUGGCGGCCAUCCACUGUAAGGCCGGAAAGGGCCGCACCGGAGUCAUGAUCUGCGCCUAUCUCCUUCAUCGCGGCAAAUUCUUGGACGCCCAAGACGCACUUGACUUUUAUGGUGAAGUCAGGACAAGGGACAAGAAGGGAGUAACGAUCCCGAGCCAGCGCCGCUACGUCUACUACUACAGCUACCUACUGAAGAACCAGCUAGAAUACAGGCCGGUGGCGCUGCUCUUCCACAAAAUGGUGUUCGAGACUCUCCCCAUGUUCAGCGGGGGCACCUGCAGGGACAGUACCGUUAAAAACAGGAGCGAGCCGACCCCUCAGGGCUUCAAGAAAGGGAAUUGGCAUUGGGAUCCCCAGUUUGUGGUGUACCAACUGAAAGUAAAAAUUCAUACGUCGAACCCAGCUCACACACGGCGCGAGGACAAGCACAUGUUCUUUGAGUUUCCCCAGCCCCUGCCAGUUUGCGGUGAUAUCAAAGUGGAGUUCUUCCAUAAACAGAAUAAGAUGAUGAAAAAGGACAAAAUGUUUCACUUCUGGGUGAACACGUUCUUCAUACCCGGACCAGAGGACACCGGAGAGAAGAUGGGGAACGGGACGGUGAACAAUGCGGAGAACCAGCAGGGAGCACCGGUUCAGGGCCAGCCACAGAGCGUUGAGUGCAGGGAAAGCGAUAGGGACUACCUCAUCCUGACGCUCACCAAGAACGACCUGGACAAAGCAAAUAAAGAUAAAGCUAAUCGCUACUUCUCGCCAAACUUCAAGGUGAAGUUGUAUUUUACGAAAACCGUGGAGGAGCCUUCAAAUUCAGAGGCAAGCACUUCAACGUCGGUCACCCCAGACGUUAGCGACAAUGAGCCAGACCAUUAUCGAUACUCUGACACCACUGACUCUGAUCCGGAAAAUGAACCUUUUGAUGAAGAGCAGCACACGCAAAUCACAAAAGUGUGAACUCUUUAAGCAGGAGAAGAAGAAAUUAUACACCUGAAAAAAGGAAAAAACUUGAAUAUAAACUCAAAAGAACCUUUGUCCCUUCCCUCCCCCAGACGGCAAUAGAAUAUCAUCAUGUCAAAUGCCAAUUUUAGGGAAAAAAAAAAAAAAAAAGAUAAA